AUGAAGACCGCCACUACCAUCGCCUCCGCUGCUCUUCUGGUCACCCUCUGCUGCGCCUGCGCGCUGGCCAUCGACACCGAACACUUCCUCCACCCCGCCGGCCUGGCCAAGGUUACCAACGGAAUGAGCCGAGGGGUGGUGAUGCCCGACGAGCUGGCAGAGCGCCUGCAGGGGUCGGCGGAAUCGAUGAUGCCUUCCGCAGUUGUGCCUUCGCUUCUGUGCUAUGCGUCGGGCCAAACCAUGAUGCUCCUCCUGCUGGGCGCACUCAAGUGGGCUGCCGUCAUUGACUUCGACCGUGUCAUCACCAUGUGA